UAGCUGAUGUGAGUGCUCUAAUUAGAGAUACUAUUGAAAAAUUAGAUAACAUACUUGUUGUAUAUUCUUACAAAGACCCAAAGACAUUGUUGUUGACGUCGUUUUUUGUCAACUUAAAAUGUAGAGCACGUAAACAGUAAAAACUAUGGCAAGAAUAACACAAUAAAACAAUGAGAGUUUUUUACGUGGUUCAGCAGUUAACUCUGCAUAGUCUACGAGUCUUUUUUAUUAGAACUUAGGAAAUUUCUAGAAAUUCUUCAGGGAUAAAUUCUCCAGAGAUUCUCUCAAGAUCACAAAAUUUCCGGUCCUCUACAAAGGUACAUGAUCUCUCUAUUUAUAGAGGAGAUCUCAGAAUACAAUCCCACACGUUUCAGGAAGUUAUUCUGUUCAUUAAUAAAUUUAAUGACUUUAAAGUUUGUAACUCCUAUAUACAAGGAAACGUCCCCUGAAGACCAGGGGGCGUAUAACCGACUAGUUAAUAUCCCUUUAUUGUAGGGAAGUUACAACAAUAAAUAUCUCUUGAAUGCAUAGAUUGCGUCUCCUCAGGUGACCUGUUAAGUCGUUCGAGAUCAACAAUCAGCAUCAUGCCAGUCUAGGUCUCUGAGUAAAUUACGAGUUGCAUUAUUUUCCCCAAGACCAGCUCGGAGUGGGUAAAUAUCAUCGAAGCCACCUUAUUUCGAGCUCACACCCAUGCCAAGCUCGGACCUCUUGAUCUGAGGCCACCCGACAAUGGACGUCCUCCGAUGUUCUAUCUUUCGAGCUUAUAAGGACUUCGAGGCUACCCGUCUUCGAGGUUGCCACCUGCUUUGAAGAUUCAACGUUUAGAUUACGAACAUGUAUUUUAGCUAUCACGAGCUUACACCUGACGAAUCCAGCUUUCGAGGUCACAACCUCAAGUCUCGAAAUCUGGGUGUAACAUUUUGCCCCCUCAAAAGUAUUAGUUCGAAUCCUAUGAGAAAGAAACUUUUGAACUACUUUCUUCGGGAACCGCACCGUCACACAUACUCGAGUAUGGACACGCGUCAGUUGAGUAUUGCUUAUUCAAGGUACUUGAGUACCUUGGAAACUUGCUCACGAUCGUUCGUCUGCCACCUUUACAGUACCAUCAUAUCACUUAUCCCUGACUGUCGGAUUUGGCACGGAAUCUAGCCAAUGGCUUAGAUUGGUUCGACUUUCAACAUCUCCAUGGGCCUAUAAAUAAGCUUCCAGUCGUCUUCUUCAUUUUUCCCUUACAUUCAAAUUUUUUUUUAGAGAGAAAAUACCAGAGCCAUUCUCGUCCGAUUCUUGCAUGUUCUCCAAGCCGAGAAGACAAAACGCAGUCGGACUUUUUGAAUCGGUGAGAUCGUACUUGCAACCGCUCGUUCAGUCAUCCAUUUCUCUGUUCCCACCGAUUACAUUGUGUAAGUAUCUGAUCUUGGCUUUAUAUAUAUAUAUUUUUUUUCUCUUUUAUGUGUGUUUCUGCCUCCAUUGCAUCUUAGUCACUGGAACUGUGCUGGUUCAUUCUUUAGUUUAAUGCAUUAGGAUGCUUUGAUCGAUAGACAUUAGGUUUAGGUUUCCACGUUACUGGUUCUUAAUCCAGUUCAUAUGUAGGAAGACCUAAAUAUGGUCUUUUUUCUGAGUUUUAAAAUUUUUGAGGCCCUUUCUUGCACACCAAGAUAUCGGGUACAAAAUCUGGGUUUUAAAGAAUGCAUGAUUCUAAAAAAUAUCACUUUUUUAAUAACCGCCAUAUUUUUUCCCUGAUAUUUCGGGAUUCCCCAAAACAUGUCCACCUUUUUUCCUUUCGGUGGAAGAUACGCUCUGAGAUUGGCCUCAUCCUUUGGAUCGAGCUUGCCUUGUAGCCUCGAUCAUUCGAGCUUAGGUAUUAUUUCUCAUUAUUUCUUGCUCGCUUGGCCCUCACCCUUUUGCUUUCUUGUUAGAUGCCGCAGAAUUCGAGAAAGUGGUGGGGGUCAAAGCUCGCGAUUCCUUAUUCACCAGUAGCUCCAAGUCCGGAGUCUCCUUUUACUCGGAACCAUCGUUUAAUUCGGGAGCACGAACUGAGGCAUGAGCAAGAGGACACUCGAGAUCACUUCCGACGUCAGAUAGACGAGGUCGAGGAAGGGAAAAGGAAGAGACUAAGGGUCGCCCUUCAUCCAGACCCUGACACCGAGCCUAGACCGAUUCCCCUCGACCCUAAGCUUAAAGUGAUAGUUGCCUUCAAACCAGGUGAUUUGCAAUUUUCACUGAUGGGGGAGCCCUCUACCUCACAGCCGAGGAGGGGGUUUUUCGAGGCCGAGCAUUAUUGGAGCUCGAUUACAUCAUUGGGCCAGAUAACCGACAUCUUGGCCCUUCAUGGUACAGGAUUAUCAGGCGCGCUAAGGUGUUGAGCCCCGACCUCCCACGAGCGAAGCCACCGCGCCCCAGGAGAUGGAAACCCUGACAACAAGCUGAGAUAUGCGGCUUGGAGCCAGAGCACAUGAAGGCAGGAGCAAUACUGCCUUUGAAGUCUUUCUUCAAAGACUUCACAAACUUUGUUGGGUUGACCCCCUUCCAGCUCAACACCAAUUCUUACAGGGUUCUGUCUGCCCUGAGGUCGCUAUACCACGAGCUGAAGUGGGAAGGACCAUCGCCAGAGGAGAUCCUGUAUCUCUUUUGUUUGAAAAGCAAUCCCUCCCGAGCUCAGGGAGGAGAUGGCUUCUAUUAUCUCUCGAGCUACCCCAAGGAGAAGAAGAUGUUCGAGGAUCUUCCCAAUCAUCCUCCUGACUUCAAGAAGGCCUUCUUUUGGACAGAUGGCCUAGCUCCGUCUCGAUACUACUUGUUCAGACGGAUUCGUAAGUAUCUCAACCUCCUUCUUUUCUGUGCUCGAACUUUUGUUUAUAGGCCCGUUCUUAGUUGAAAUGUGUUUGAUUUUCUAGCCAACUAUCAUCGCCCUGCUCCCACUGAUGAGAUGAAGGAGCAUAGAGAGACUCUGCUCCAACUCCCUUACGACAGGAGAUCCCUCUCGUAUCUUUUGCACGAAGACAAGCUUCGAGCUUGCGGGCUCUUAGGAAAGGAUCAGUCCACCUCGGAUUGGUCCAAUAAAAAAUAUGACCGCUGGGAGCUCGUGCCUCUGCCAACGGGCAUCCUCCCCCCAAGGAGAGAGGUGAGGCCUCCGCCUCCAGUUCGUCAAAGGAGUCCGCAAUUAGGGAACGAGGCCAACGACGAGGCCUCAGGCUCGGGCUCGGAUGAGCAAGGUACAGUCAUCCUAAGCUCGAAUAUGUGGUCCCCCUCCCUAUUAAAGCAUAAACCCAAUAGAUUAGUAUUGUGUGAGGACGAUAGAAACUAUUUUUAUGUAUGGUCUUGGGUAGAUGAACGAGUUCAUAGGUUCGAUAGUUGGCUCGGGAAAUAUGACAUCAUGUAUAGCUUGAACGAGGUAUGGAACGGAAUAGCCGUCCAAUAUGGGACCAAUAACUAUAGGGACCUUUCGAGGUUGACGUCCACCUAUAGGGAAGGUACUCCCCUCGCCUCUUCUGAAGAUGGGGGAAUUUCGUGGUUGCCGAGCACAAGCUCGUGGGAGAGUUCCAGUGCCAUGGAUUCCGACCUUGAUGCCGUGCUUGCUAGUGGCGAGGGGGCUCAAAAGAGUAAGCACCCGAGAGGCUCGCGGAGGUCGGGCCGACCCUCCAAAGUCCUUAAGCGCACUGAGAAGACUCCACCAACUCCGACUACUGCGAGCAUAGCCGAGGACCCGACUGCCCAGGUCGACGCAUCCAUCUCGGCCACUUCUUCCGUGCUUCCCUCGGUCACAGUCCACCCAGUACUCGGCCCACCCCCGAAGAAGCCCUCAACCUCCAAGUCACAUAUGCUGUCGAUCCGACCUCAUGUUGAUGAGUUCGCGAUUGACAAGGCUGAGCCCACGGGGCUAUACUUGGUUCGGACAUCCUGUCUUGGGUGGGUUAGAGCCUUGGUGGUUUCGACGCUGAGCAUUGGGAGUUUGUGAAUAAAGCUCGGGACUGCAAUACUCUUUAUGAUAAGAGUAUCGAGCUUACUGCCGCGGCUCUUGUUGUCUCAGCUCAACUUAAUUAUAAGUUGACCAACGAGGUGCACUCGAGCAUGUCUUUAGCCCAAGAGUCGAAGGAUCUUCAGCUUAAGAUGGCUGAUGAGCUCAAGGCUGUGAAGACAGAGGUCGAGGCUAAGACAGCCG